AUGAAUUUGAAUGAGUUGUUGACGCUUUCCGGAGGCCACCCGACAAUCCGUCAACCGGAGGACCAGCUGCGGCUAGAUGACCUUCAGACAAUUGCCAGUGACCUUGAAAAUCGUGAAGGCAUGGAGAAUGUCUCACCGGAGGCCCUCGACUUCCUUAGGCAACUGUUAACCUUUGAUCCCAGAGACAGACCCACCGCUGCAGCAUGCCUUCGUCAUCCUUGGUUAACUGAAACUGACAAGGCCAGCCGCAAUCUGGAACCAAACCUGCCACGACUUCACAAUUACCAUCAGCUCUACCAGCAGAGGGUACGUCUGCAUAUACAGCCGGUUACCUUACUUGCCGGAUUGGAGUCCGGCCUUGUCGCUUUUUCCCUUUGUUGCUACCUCCUACUCAGUGUCACGCUAAAAAAGCGUCCUGUGAGUAGUGGUCAUUUGCUUAUUAGACAUCUCUGGCAGAGAUCGUUUGAAACGACGUCCGUCUCUGGAAGCGUGAUGAGCAAAAGGGCGUGGUUGUUCAAAUGA